GUAAUAGAGAGAGCAAAAAAGGAAAGAGAGAGUGUGUGUGAAUUAGGUUCGGUAUGGAAUAUAGGGAAACAGAGCGAGUGAAAUGUAUAUCGAUUUAUCGAUACUCUGAUCUUUGUUCAACACAAGCGAUUUGCGUUCACUCUUUUGAAAAAAAAAAAAGUUUACAAACGCAAUUAUUAUUAUAGAAGAUGGACGCUGAUGAAUAUGAAAAUUUCUAUAGAGACCAGAUAGAGAAAUUGAAACAUAAUUGGAACCAAAUUUUUAGUGGUGAAAUUCCAGAGAGAACGAUUGGGAUAACCCCAAUUAAUAUACCGUCUCCCAGACAGCGAUAUUAUGUUAGUCCAGAAAAUAUGAGCAGCUUCUUUCAAAAAUACGGAGAAAUUGAAUCAACAAACAUUCGAUGUGAAAACAAUGUCCUUGUUUGUGGUCUUAUUCAAUAUAAAGAUUGCAAAGUUGCUAAUUAUUUAGUUGAACAAGGUAAAAUCUCACUUUAUGAUAUGGAAUAUGAGAUAAAACCAAUGAACGAAUUUAGAGAUGAUCAGCACAGAAAUGUUAAAAUAAUUGAACGUAUCGGAAAAUUAUCAUUGGUUGAGGUAAAAAAGUUUGGAAAAUUGACACAAAAUACGCAAAAUAAUAUUUUCACUGUCCUGAAUGAUGACUGCUUGCACCAAAUAUUCAAAAAAUUUGAUCAAAUGAGUGAUUUUCAUUCCAUUGCAAAUGUUUGCAUUAAAUUUAAUCGAAUCUCAAAAGAAGCAUUUUCAUCCAAAUUAAGGCAAACAACUGUAUCAUUUACAGAUUUAAUGCAUGAUAGAAGUGAUGUUACAUUGUCUGAAAUUGAUCGAUUUUUAACUAAUUUUGGUAGCUCGAUUUUUUGUGCAAGCACGCUUUGUGGUUCAUUUUUGUUUGAAGAUAUACCGGACAUAUCAGAAAUUUUAUUAAAAUUAAUCUAUAAGCACUGCCCAAAUCUUAUGGAACUCCAUGUGUCCGCAGUGAAUAUCACAAAAAGGACUCUCCUUGACAUUUGUCUGCUUCUUUCGCAAUUAAAAUGCUUACAAAUCAAUUUAACACCCGAAUCAGUUUUUGGUCCAUUUAAUGAUUGUUUGGUUCAUUGUACUCAGUUGGAGACUUUGAAUAUAAAUGGCUUUAAUCGUAUUCAAUACACUUUACCUGCGAUCACAUUUUCAAAGUUGAUUAAUUUUGAAAAGACUGUUGAUGAUAUAUCUUGUGAUGAAUUUUUAACACAUAAUCCCCAAAUAGAAAGAUUAAAUAUUAAUUAUUCGCCAAAGUUAUGUGAAAUAAUUUCUAAUAAAUUGUCAAACAUUCAGUCGUUAAUUUUGCAUGUCGGCGUAUAUGUGUUUACUGAAAUAGAUAAUAUACACUUAAGGCAUCUCAAAUAUCUAGAUCUCAAUUUAUUUCUUAACAUAAAUGAUAAUUCAAUAAGGAAUUUGUAUAUAUUUCCAAUGAAAAAUAUAACACAACUUUGGCUUUAUACUCCUGGUAUCUUUGAUCAAAACCUUUUAAUUGAAUUAACAAAAAAUUUCCAUGCCCUCAAAAAUUUAACCAUCCAAUCAAUCGACUAUGAAAAUUUGGAGCCUACAAAUCAAAUUACAAUGGCCGUGCUGAAAGAAAUGUUGCAAUACGGUAAGCAAUUGUCAGAAUUAACAAUAUAUUGCUCAGAUAACUAUAUCUUUUAUUUUGCGGCAAAAGAUUAUCACGAAGUAUUGGAAAUCAUUAAGAACCGUGCCAAUAACAUAAAAUUAAACAUUAAUAUUGAAUGUAAAAUAACAAAAAUGGUGUAUAUGAAAUUUAAUCCUUCACAUUCUAUAGAAAGAUUCAAAUACAUUAAUUUAAAUAUGUUCCCAAAGUGGUUGACCAUUUCAGUAAACUAUAGUUAUGAUCAGUGGGGUAACUAAGGGCAGCCAAAUGUAGAGUCAAAUAGAGGAUUUGAUAAAAAUCCAUUCAAAUGAAAUACUAUAUUGUUUUAUUGAAGAUUUUAUUGUAUUCUCUUCAUGGAUGGCACCAUUAUGACCAAAUAAAACAAUUGACAUCACGAAAAAAUGCAAACGAAUAGUGUUGAGAUUUUGAAGGAAAAAUAGAGACAAGAUGAAGAAUUGCGUGAAAAAUUUUUAAUUUUAAGAUUCGAGCUCAUCGCUUGCACAUUUUAACAGUUCUUUAGAUUUAUACAAUUGAAAAAAAGAACAAUAAUAUGAAUGUAUCUGUUGAAUCUGUUUGGAUUACCCGAGUGGAACAAAAGGCAUUCUGAUGCUAGAGCAUAUGAUACAAUUUGAAAAAGAUACUAAUUAAACUCAAUGUACAAUAAUUAUACUUUGGUAAGAAUAAUAAAUUGAUAUCCAAUUGUAAUGAAAUGUUUUGUUCAAAUUUCUCAAUGAAUUAAAUAAAAAAUUAGGUAAUUUUGAAAAAAUA